CCGGACGCCGACUUACGAACUUCGGUCUUCUGCCCUCGCACCCGAGCAUCAACACGUUCAGAUCGCACAGCCCUGAAAAGCUUCAUUGAUUAUCGAUAUAAAAGUCAUACCAAGAUAAAACAUGAACGUAAAAAUAUUUUUGAUUGUAUUGAUAUUCCUUUGCGUCCCGAUUAUUGGUUGGGAAAUACCUUACAUAUUUUGUGGAGAUCAUUUUACCCACGUCCUGGCCACUGUUUGCGGCAACAAUCCAUAUAGUGGAAUGCCAGGAGUUCAAGGUUUGAAAUCAACAAUAAAAGACCUUGCUAUGGAAUGUUGCGAUCAAUCAUGUACUAUGAACUACCUGAAACAAUACUGUGUUACAAAUUCAAGCUUAUCAAUUCAAAAAUUGAAUUUGUAAUGCAACGAACGCCUUUGAUAUAUUCGUAAUAAAAAAAAUUAAAAACAAUUAGUACAC